AUGACCAAUCACCUAGAGAACCCCAAUGAUCAUGAAAUUUAUGUUGAUAACUUUUUCUCAAGUUAUAACCUAUUUGUACAAAUGAAAUCCUUAGGAAUCAGAAUCACGGGUACAGUACGUUCAAACAGAACAUCCAGAUGUCCCCUGAAGGAUGACAAAUCCCUGAAAAAGGAAAAUCGUGGAUCCUAUGACUACAAAUUUGAAGAAAAGGAAGAACUCUUUUUUUUGAAAUGGCAUGACAACAGCGUUUUCACAAUUGCAAGCAAUCAUCAGUCUGCCACCUCUGUUGGAAAUGCUAAAAGAUGGUCAACCAGCCAUGGAAAGGAAAUAUUUGUUCCUCAGCCAUUUCUCAUAUCCCAGUAUAACAAAUAUAUGGGAGGAGUGGACCACUUAGACUGGCUUAUCCAAAGGUAUCGCAUCUCUGUUAGAUCUAAGAAGUG